AUGGACCAACUCUGCUCUCAAGACAUCCCUCCACAUGAAAAUGAAAAUGAGGCAUAUACAAUAGAUAAAUGGAGCUUUAAAGAAACUAAGUUAUUUGAAACUAUCAUGGAAAAAUUUGAAGAAAAUGGUUCCAUGGCAUUUUUUGAAGAGGUAGCCAUUUCAAUGCCAUGGAGAAGCAUGUCAUCCAUCAAAAAUCACUAUAACAUUUUAAUAAACGAUAUAAAAUUGAUCAAGUCCUCCAAUGGUCAAUUUGAAGAUAUCGUCAGUGAGGUUACCGGGGAGGAGGAAGAUUGUGAAACCAUUAACAUGGAAGAUACCAACAUGGAGCUGGAGGGGGGAGGUGUACACAAGAUUCCAAGGCCAAAGAAAAGAGGGAUCCCAUGGAGCAUACAGGAACAUAAGUCAUUCUUGGAAGGGUAUAAAACAUGUGGAAAAGGAGAAUGGAAGAAAAUAUCAAAGGACUUUGUUCCUAGCAAAACUCCAUCUCAAGUUGCAAGUCAUGCCCAAAAAUAUGAAAAGCGCCUGCACACCGACACUCCCCCUGAGAAACGUAGGCAAACCAUUAAUGACAUCAGAUGUCUUUGCUGUGACUCUGGCCCAUGCAAGUUUGUUGCCACUGGGUCACCCGCCUAA